AUCGCUAAACGAAAAAUUAAUUCUCGAUUUCACAAUAAGCAACUCUCAUAUGACUUUCCGCCAAUCCUAGAAUACUUUAUACUAUUUACUAUGCAAUGCGUUUAUGCAAAUUCGCAUAUGAUGCGCUUAAACCGGCACGAGUCAUGAGACCAGACAGGAAAUGUGAACUUGAGAAAGAGACACGUCUGUGUUGUUUCACGCCGUAAAUUAUCCUCGCGAAUGCAAAAAUCGAUCGCUAUUACGAUCCACGUGGAUCGCUAUUACGAUCCACGAUCGGCAGGCAGGCCGGUGGGAUAUAUGGUGUUCGCUUGUAGAGACCGAGCGCAUUGCGCAACCAGACAUUGUCGAAGGAAGGGUUUUAGUUCGCCGUCGAAGGUGCGCCGGAUAGAAUCUCGUUUCGGCGAGGUGCAGCUACGAUGAUGACGUAGUGUCUAGAUCGGUAGAAAGACUUCUCGACGGAUCGAAGAUAUCGGACAGCGGUUUGAUAACAUUGCCAUCGUGAGAGUUCGUGAUAAUCGAUACGACACGACGAUCGGUACGAAAAAACUGUAAAAGAGAGCCGCUCCUCGCGGGAGAACCUUAGUGCGCUUGUGACACUUGUGAUGUUGGUUUAGCUUCACCACCGAAAAUCAUGUAAAGAAUACGCAUUCGUAACUCCGUCGCUUUACCAAAGACAUUAUGAUUAUCUCUGAUGAAUCCGAUGAAUCGAUCUGAUGAUCUAACGAACCAUCAUCCCCUUGUGAUUGUCUGAUUCACGCCAGAUUUCAAUAUCUCGCCGGCAGCAUUCGAGAAUGUCCAAGAAGCAAUGGCUGGUGUUGCUGAUGUUGUUCCUUGCGUACCUGCUGCUUGGCGCCUCUAUUUUCUACUGCAUCGAAAGACCUCUCGAGAGCAAAAGGAUCGACCUAGCUAAAGAAGAACGCGAAAAGAUUAACGGCUUACUUCGAGAGCAUUACGUGCCCAGUGUUGCGUACGAUCAAAAUGAAAUUCUCGACAUUCUCACCAAAUACUGCGGCAAGUCAGUAUACAAUAAUAGCGAUGUGGAAGAUCAUCCUCAAUGGACUUUCUAUAACAGCUUCUACUUCGCUUAUACAGUCGUCAGUACGAUCGGAUACGGUAAUCUAGCACCCACAAAUAUGCUUAGCCGCAUCCUAAUGAUCUUCUACGGUCUAAUAGGCAUCCCGAUGAACGGGAUCCUGUUAACGCAGUUGGGUGAAUUUUUCGGCCAAGUGUUUAUCAAGGCUCAUCAAAAGUACAAAUCUUAUAAAAACGGGCAAUCGCCGUCUGAUUAUUCCUCUAAGAAACCAACGCCAUUUGAGACGCACAAGGUGGGCCUGGCCGCGCAGAUUCUCAUGUACCUGACACCCGGCUUCGUCAUGUUCAUCUUCUUCCCAGCGCUCUUAUUCACACAUUACGAGGGCUGGACCUACGAUGAAUCGGUUUAUUACGCCUUCGUUACACUCACGACCAUCGGUUUUGGUGAUUUUGUGGCGGGUCAGGACAAUACAAAGGGAAGCGGCCCAUUCUUUGUUAUGUACCAGAUAUUCUUGAUUAUCUGGAUCUCCUUCGGAUUGGGUUACAUCGUCAUGAUAAUGACGUUCAUCGCUCGCGGUAUGCGUAGCAAAAAAAUCACGAGGCUCGAACAUAAACUAGCGAUGAAUCUCAAGCAUACGCAGAGCAAGAUUUGGAACGAGUUUAACAAAGAGGUCAACUACCUGCGUCGCGUUUUUAACGAGUUACAGCUCUCUAAGGUCAAAAGAGUAUACGUUGACGAAUGCGAUUAUGAAAUACCUCCGACGAAAUUUUCACGUAGCAAUAGCUUCCCGGACCUCCGAAAUUUGAUAAUUGGUGGAUAUGUGGACAAUACUAUACCACAUCCGCGUCGACGAGCUAACAGCGAAGUGGUACCAAUGACUCAAUUGACACGCGUGGUAUCUGAGACAGAUCUUCAAAGGAUAGACAAGACUGCAACGUUUGCCACACACGCCAUAGUGCAACCAGCAGAAUUAUUAGCACGUUUAGUAAAUGUUCUCGGUUACAUUCCUCCACGGGAUGACUGGGAUCAAACCGAGGAUCAAUUGAAACAGGUCGACACCCAGAACGAGAUGCAGCAAAGCAAACCAAUUGAUCAAGGCCUGGCCAACAACACUCAGUGGACAAUUGGCGGCGAGAAGUUUCCGUUCGCCAAGCCUCGAUCUAGAGCUGCCAGCGAAAUACGACUUUAUGCCAAAGACUAUGCGAAAGAUGAUGUUAAUCAGAACACUGAAUGGACUUGGUCUGGCCCAGCAGCCUCGACAAAGCUGCAGGAAUUGAUGAAGGCUCGCAACACGGUUGCCUCGCUGCCCUCAAACAAUAAUAACAAGCCGUACAAGAAGUUUCCGUCACUGUCUUUGCCGAUUACCGCGCCUAAAAAUUUCUUCCCCAGGUGGAAGAAACACUUUAGGAGUAAAAGGACAUCGGAUGUCGGUCCUACGGAGAAGGUAACUGAAACGGACGAUAGCAAUCGACAGAAUAAUCCGAUCAGUCCAUUACCUUCAUACUUCAAUGAAAAUUCAUUACCUUCGUACUACGAUUCGAUAUCGAAAACGCCGAAUUAUUAUACACAUACUGGCUGCAAUUUGCCGAAUUAUUUGGAGAACAACAAUUUGUUGGAAGAAACGAGUUUGGCAGAUUUUCUUAGAGCGUUGACUGCUCUUCAUGCAAGAGUAGGAACGAUCCCCGAUGAAUGCGUUGCUAAACCCAAGAGAAAAUUAGGAACAGCCUGCUUGAGUCCACCCAAGCUACCCAGUCUGUUCACCCUGUUUUCACCGAAUACACCUGAUUCGGAUUCGGCAACUCAAAGCAAUCAGAAUACUGUUACAGAAGCGCAAUCGUAUCAGUCCAGCAGAAGAGUAUCUCUUAAAACUGAGAACGGCUCCACUACACCUACCUCUUAUACGAGGAAGGAAAGUAGUGCUGUGAAACCUAGAAGAUUCUCUUUGAGGCCGGUGAAGACUCCAGUGAAUUCGGUCACGCCGCCUGAUUAUGCAUCACUACGGUCAUCGCUACGACUAUCUCAGAAGAUGGAUAAUCGAAAUCUGCAAGAACCUUAUGUCUCGAUGGAACCCUUCAUUUCUGUGUCACCAAAAGAAUCGCUGGUCAACAUGGAAGGACCACCAGGAAUUUCAUCACCGAUCAAGCAGCCGCUCGAUAAUCGACGUUUCUCCAUAAGAUCUGCUCAACUCAACACGCAACCGAAUGCGACAAGCGCAUCUACGCCAUUACACACGCCAAAACCAUUACCGAGGUGGAAAGCGGGUAUGCUACAGCGACAGAUCAGUCAAAUGAAUUUACGUCGUCGCGUUAGAGCAUUCAGUCUUAGCGAUGUUUACUCCGACAUACGCGAGAAAAGCACUAAUCCAAUUAGCCCCCUCGCCAUGGAUACUACUAACAAGUUUGUAGACGUUAGUAAAUUGAGCAAUUUGAAUCAGAAAACAGUAACAAUUAUGUCACCGGCGAAGGAGAUGAAUAUGACUUCGAAAAAUGAACUCGAAAAUUCGAAAGAUGAGCAAACUUCCUCGUGGAGGAAUCAGGAAAACGUACCUUCAUCGAUUAAAUCCUGUUCUCUCAGGAUUUCUGAUGAGCCAUCCGCGACGUUGAAUGAAUCCAAGGUUUCAAAUAUACUCAAAGAUGAGAGAUCUCAAGGAAAUAGCAAUUUUAUAUCAGUUCAUCAGCAGAUUUACAAAUCAAGAUCUCCUGAUAAAAAAUUGGUAAAUGAUACAUUGGAUAAAACAGCUCAAAAGGAAAUGCAAGAGAUGAAUGUGGAUAUCAAGGACACUUCAUUUAAAAUGGAGAAGCAGAAUGAUAUGUGUAUAAUUGAUAAUUUAGAUGAACCUCAAGAAGCGACGUUUUUGAGUAGCCAAAAUUUUCCAGAAUCGAGUAAAAAGCCUAGUGUGUCGAUAGAUUUUUAUAAACCACUGCUACAAACAACGAUAGAAAAACCAAUGACCGAUCCUUUCGAGCGAUACAGAGUUAUGACAAGGUCCGGUCAAACAAAAGAUGCAGACUUGACCGAAAUUAGAAUUGAAAAACCCCAUGAGAAAUGAAGAAAGUGAUCUCGGGCUAUAAAGAAUUUAAAAAUUAAAAGUAGAGAAAUUUGGAGUCGAUUUUUGUUGUCAAAAAUAUUAAAACAUUAAUAAUCCAAGAUAUAAGCAAUAUUAUAGACAUAAUUAAUAUUUUUGUUAAAAUAGACUCCACAUAUAUGUAUAAAA